AUGUCGGAGCGAGCUCCUCGUGGCACCCGCCCCAGUCUCCGCCGCGGUGCCGUCUCGCACUCGUUCAUCCAUGAUCACCAGCAGUACAAGCCUGCAGCCUCCCCGCCUUCCUACCAGCCAGAGCUUGGCGCCUCCAUCUCGGGUACCCUGGAGGACCCCAAGGUCAAGGAGAGCGGCAUCGUUCACUCGCUCUUCGGUGAUGCUCUGGCUGCGCUGCCAGCAGACACCCCCAAGCUAGUCGCAACCAUCUUCUAUGUCGGCGACCAGAGCAAGAAUGGCGGCAGGAGCAACAGCAACAGCAACAGCAACAAGAACUCUUCGGCUGACUUGCCUACUGCAGAAGAUCCUCUCGAGCCAGCUGCUCCAUCCUUGCCUCUAGAUGCGCUGUAUGGUUGUCAUGUCUCCCAGCUGUGUCUGACGAGCUUCAUACAGAUGAUCGAAAGUCUCUCGCAUCCGUACAGGCGCAUGUCCAGCUCGCACAAAUGUCUUGACAGGCAGGAUAACCCUCGCGUUGUUGAGGUCACCAUCACCCCGCCGCCCAGUGGUGAAUACCUCUCCUUUGACGAGCUGCGCAAACAUGAGAGCAUCUGGAGGUUUGAGCGGACCUGGAACGUGGAGGUUGUCCUGCAGAUGGAGAAUGUCUGGCGGCGUUACAAGCGCCUUGCCGUAUUUGAUAUGGACAGUACCCUCAUCCAACAGGAGGUCAUCGACGAGAUUGCCAGAGUCACUGGAGUAGAAAAGGAGGUAUCCGAGAUAACGGAGCGUGCUAUGAACGGCGAGCUAGACUUUGAGGCCUCUCUCAAAGCUAGGGUAGCUCUUCUCAAAGGAACACCUGCUGAUGUAUUUGACAAGCUCAAGUCCAUCAUUACUAUCUCUCCAGGUGCCCGAGAGCUCUGCACCGCGCUCCGGAAACUUGGAUACAAGACUGCAGUUCUCAGCGGUGGAUUUCAGCCACUCGCUGACUUUCUCGCCGAUCAACUGGGCUUGGACUACGCAGUUGCUAACCACCUCGUAAUCGACGAAGCCACCCAGACACUCACCGGCACUCUCUCACCGGAUCAUCCCAUAGUAGACGCUAAACAAAAACGCUCGCUACUCCGAGCCCUUGCACUUAAAAAUGGCGUAGAUAUGCCUCAGACUCUCGCAGUAGGUGACGGCGCUAAUGAUCUGCUUAUGCUAAAGGAGGCGGGGUUGGGAGUUGCAUGGUGCGCAAAAAGCAUGGUGCAGUUGGAAGCACCAACGAAGCUGAAUGGAGAGUCUCUCUCUGAUAUCUUGUACCUUCUCGGGUUGAGCGAGCAGGAGGUCCAGUCGUUGAUAGUGGGCCCGUCUGUCGACGAGUCGUCGAUGAAGGAGUUGGCCAUAACGGAGCGGUCAUCGUAG